GUUUUUCAUCGACCAAAUCAGAAAAAUAGGCCGCCAUUUUCCCCUCGUGCACGACAGAAGAUGUACAGCGAGGAAUUUGUGGAGCAAGGGGCAGCAGAGUUUGAUCCCUAUGCCUAUUAUCCAUCACAAUCAGAGUACGAACUGCAUACGGGGGAUCCUCGUCAGGACUUGGAAUACGAGAGGCAGUACCAGCAGUCCACCUACAUUGUGCCUGAAGUGAUCAAGAACUUCUUGGUCUACUUCCAGAAAUGUGUGCAUGAGCAGAACCUCUUUGAAAUACAGAAUGCUUAUGAGAAUGGUUUCAACAAGCUAACUGACAGGUUCUUCAAGAACUCGGCCUGGCCAGAGGCAGAGAUUAUAGCCCCUGUGGUCGGAGACGACCCUGUCUUUCUGAUCUUAUACAGAGAGUUAUACUACAGACACAUCUAUGCCAGAGUCGCAACUGGGCCAACACAGGAGCAGAGAUUUGAAUCCUACUACAACUACUGCAACCUUUUCAAUUACAUUCUUAGUGCAGAGAGCCCAGUGCCCCUAGAGCUACCUAACCAGUGGCUGUGGGACAUCAUUGAUGAGUUUAUCUACCAGUUCCAGUCAUUUAGUCAGUACAGGUGCAAACUUGGCAAGAAGUCUGAGGAUGAGGUGGAACAUUUGAGGAGGAAUCCCAAGAUCUGGAAUGUGCACUCUGUUCUCAAUGUCCUCCACUCUCUCGUGGACAAGUCCAACAUAAACAGACAGCUGGAAGUCUACACCAGUGGAGGAGACCCGGACAGCGUGGCGGGGGAGUUUGGUCGCCACUCUCUGUACAAGAUGCUGGGUUACUUCAGUCUGAUUGGGCUGCUGAGGCUUCACUCUCUCCUGGGUGACUACUACCAGGCCCUUAAAGUACUGGAGAAUAUUGACUUCAAUAAGAAGAACAUGUACUCCCGCGUGCCCGCCUGUCAGAUCACCACGUAUUACUACGUGGGUUUCGCGUACAUGAUGAUGCGUCGUUACCAGGACUCCAUACGUACCUUCUCCAACAUCUUGUUGUACAUCCAGAGAACCAAGCAGAUGUUCCAGAAUAAAGCACAGCUGUAUGACCAGAUCAACAAGCAGAAUGAGCAGAUGUACACCCUCCUGGCUAUCUGUCUAGUGCUGCACCCUAUGAGGAUAGAUGAGAGUGUGCACACACAGCUCAGGGAGAAGUUUGGAGACAGGAUGCUCAAGAUGCAGAAAGGGGACGUACUGGAGUUUCAGAACAGCUUUUCUUUUGCCUGUCCUAAGUUCCUGUCUCCCUGUCCGCCAAACUAUGACGCCACACCUGCCAACUUCCACAAGGAACCGUUUAUGCAGCAGUUAAAGGUGUUUAUGGAUGAGGUUACCCAGCAGGCAUUGCUACCAACUAUUAGAAGCUAUCUGAAGCUGUACACCACACUGACUUUAUCAAAGCUAGCAGCUUUUAUGGAAACGUCAGAAGAGGAUCUGAGAAAUCAUUUAAUGUGUUUUAAGCACAAGAUGAAGAACGUGGUGUGGACAGGGAGCUGCAGUGGUUUGGAGGGAGAGUUUCAGUCUGCUUCUGAAGUGGAUUUCUAUAUUGAUCAGGAUAUGAUUCACAUAGCAGACACCAAGGUGGCGCGUCGCUAUGGAGAUUUUUUUAUCCGGCAGAUCCAUAAGUUUGAGGAGGUAAUGAAGACCUUGAAGCCUUGAUAUCAGUGCUACCACAUAGCAAAAUGGAUUCUUGGGGAUU